AUGACCAUGAGCUCCUUUUUGAUAAACUCCAACUACAUCGAGCCCAAGUUCCCUCCUUUCGAGGAGUACGCCCAGCCCAGCGGCCCGGGCGGCGGAGACGGCGGCCCGGGUGGGGGCCCCGGUUACCAGCAGCCCCCGGCGCCCGCGGCCCAGCACCUGCCGCCACAAGCCCAGCUCCCCCAUGCGGGCGGCGGCCGCGAGCCCCCUACCUCCUAUUACGGGCUGCGGGCCGCCCGCGAGCCCGCCUACUCGGCGGCGGCGCUCUACCCCGCACACGGGGCGGCCAACGCAGCCUACCCCUAUAACUACCGCGGCGGCGCCAGCCCUGGGCGGCCACCGCAGCCCGAGCAGCCCGCGGCACAAGCCAAGGGCCCGGGGCAUAGCCUGCAUGCCAGCCACGUCUUAGCGCCCGGGCGCCAGCCCCAGCCGCCGCCCCCGCACCCUCGCACCGCGCCCUCGGUGCCCCCGCGCCGCUGCGAGGCAGCCCCAGCCACCCCGGGAGUCCCGGCAGGGGGCAGCGCUCCCUCGUGCCCGCUGCUCCUGGCGGACAAGAGCCCGCCAGGCCUGAAGGGCAAGGAGCCCGUGGUGUACCCCUGGAUGAAGAAGAUCCAUGUCAGCGCGGUCAACCCCAGCUAUAAUGGAGGGGAGCCCAAGCGCUCUCGAACAGCCUACACCCGGCAGCAGGUCUUGGAGCUGGAGAAGGAGUUCCACUUUAAUCGCUACCUGACCCGGCGGCGCCGCAUCGAAAUCGCCCACACGCUCUGCUUGUCCGAGCGCCAGGUCAAGAUCUGGUUUCAAAAUCGGAGGAUGAAGUGGAAGAAAGAUCACAAACUGCCCAACACAAAGAUGCGUUCCUCCAACUCAGCUUCAGCCUCAGCUGGUCCCCCAGGGAAAGCACAAACUCAGAGUCCCCACGCCCAUUCCCACCCAGGCGCCUCCACACCCAUUCCUUCAUCCUCCAUAUAA